AGUUAAGUUUGCGGUGUUUCCAUGUGAGGUUCGGUCUCUCGCGCGCACGAUACAACAGACAAAAAAAUUCCGUCGUACAAUUCGAGCCGUAGCAUUAAUUGUAUUUCUCUCACUGACCAGUGGAAUUCGCUAUGAAUUAUUUUGCCUGUUCUAUUUGACUACUUAAUUUCAAUUGAUUCUAAUGUGUGUACGUUGCUUUGUGUAUGUUCUCUAACGUCAAUGAUUUUUUUCUUCACACUCAAUUUUGUGAGUGUGUAUUUUUUUUUUAUUGUUCUAAUACCGUGUUGUGUGUGACUGAAUAAAACCACUGGAAUUUUCAAAUACAACUGAAAACGAAAUAAAAUUAUUGAGAAAAAAAGCGAAUUUUGCUAGUGUGUUGAAUAGCAAUUGUUUGGAGACGAAAUCACGUGAAGUUGUGUAUGCAUUUGCAUUGAAAUUUGUGUAUGUUUGAAAGCGUAUAAAAAAGUGAGUUUCGAUGGUAAUUAAAAAAUUUACGACUUAGGAAUAUGCAUCGCCAGCUGAAAUCUUCCUGGAGAACAAUAUAUAGAAAGAAAAAAAAAACAUGCGCAAGCAAUAAGUGCUCAUUUUUACGACUGUUUAAGAAUACAACUGCAAAUGGAAAAAUUCUCGUCCAAACAAAAAAAAAGCAUCCAAAUACGAUUGUGAUGAUGUGUUGUAAUUUGUUUAUACUUUCCAUCUUCGUCGGUUAUUUACGUAAAAUACGGUCAAAGCAAUGGUAUUUUAUGAAUGAUGAACGCACUAAAACAGCGGCACCUUGACGAUGGAUGAGUCAUAGUAUAAAAACGAUUCAACGAUCGAACAUUUAUUGCGUUAUAUCGCUGAUCGUUCCGUCAAUUUCAAGCAAUAUCGUCGACGUUGGACAGCGCCGGUGCUACGCGCACACGAAAGAGAUUGUGUUUGUGUCAAUGGCAAAAGAAACAAGCGAACAACGUAAUCUCAUUCAGCGGUAUGAUAGAUCUCUAGCAGUGAGUGGCUCCAGAAACACCAACCACAAACGUUGGACGGCAGUCGAAAAAGAAGUAUCAAUUUGUGACGUUGGAACUGCUGCCGUCGCCGCUGCCGCAUUGAUGUCGCAGUUUAAUUAAGAAAUUGUGCACAAAUUCAGUUUAUUCUCAUCCAUUGCUUCUGUUCGUCAAUUCAAUUAAGUGGCCCGAGUGGCGAGUGAAAGACAAAAAAAAAACAAAUAUGACAAACCAGUGUGAAAUGACAAUUAUGUGAUUGGUGACAAAUUAUUAUGAUGCACUGAGCAUGAACAACACAAUUUUAUUGAAUUAUUAUUCACAUCGACAAACAAACAGACUACACACAACAAAGAAAGCAUCAGCGAUGGGGAGAAUACGGACUUGUUGCUACAGUAAACUAAGCUGCACAUCAAUUUUUUACAUCACAUUGGUUUUAUUAAUUGAUUCCAUCCAAUGCAUUACGGACGGAGUUGCACCAGUGAUUACACCACCAGAACCAGAUAUUACCGUGUUACCCAGUGAAAAAGUCAAAUUCACUUGCCAGUCCACCGAACCGAUUCAUUGGCAAUUUCAUGAGGAAUAUCAUCUAAAUGGAAACCAGCACAACAUACACGAAUCAUACAAUCAUGGCAGUCAGUAUCCAUAUGAAAGUACACUCGAGAUAGAUCAAGUGGAUUACACUUACGUUGGAUAUUAUCAUUGUGUGAAGAAUCUAACAGAAGCAGAAAUCAACGAAGGCUUAGACACAUUGGUCGAAUUAGGAUUGGCGUCGAGAAUUUACUUAUUUGUUGAGGAUCCACAACAUCCGCUUGCUCCAGUGACGAUUCCGGUUCUACAAGGAAAUCAGCACCAAGAUAUUGUGAUACCGUGCAAGCCGACAGCCAGAAAUUAUGAUGUUAAACUGAUCAAAGAGAGUGAUGAGUCGCAUCAAUUCGAAUCAACAUUUAGCCCGACCGAAGGUUAUCGAAUCAAAUUGAAUGAAGUGACCGAUGGUGGUAGUUACACGUGCCACUCAAAAUUCGAUUCAACCGGCGAAUUUGAUGUACAUUUCAGUAUCCAUGUGAAUUGUGAGUUGAAUAAAUGCCAUGGCAAUGCAACAAUUGUGAAUGAUAUGCCCGCUACUACCGUUGUUGCACCGAUUUCUCUAAAUCAAAUAACAACAAUAAGCACGCAACAUUUAAUGACAGUUACUACUACUACCACUACCGCUAGUAAUCCAAUGGUUAAGCAAAUACGAUCUGGUGUUGGUAAAUCAUCAUUUUCAAAACGACAUAUUUCAUCUAAUUUCUCUACUGCCUCUGUAUCACCUCCUACUCCUGCUACCCCAACUGUUACCUCUUCUGUUUUGCAAUCUAAUCAGCACAUGAGUUUGUAUGACGUAGAAAUAACAACUGCACCAACUGAUUCAAUUACUACCACACGUUCCGAUUUGGACGAUGUGGCCAUCCGACGAUAUAGCGCUCGUAGACAAAUGCCAACGCCAUCGUACAUUCUGGAGAAAACAAAACGCAGGGCUGGGCAAACUUUUGUGAACAAGCCGAACAUUACAUCGAAAACACAAAACUAUGGAAUUGAAGGCGGCAAUCUUGAACUCAAAUGUUCGGUUGAAGUUGGACUGGGAACACUAAUAUACAUGUAUUGGUUUCUUCCAAACAAUAAUAUUUCAUUAGAGGAGGGACGCGCAAUAAUUUCAGAACCAGUUCGUGAAAAACAUGAAACCCAUCCAGAACUGUCACAUGCUGUCGGAAAGUUAAUAGUCCACAAUUUGGAUAAAACUAAAGAUGCCGGUUUUUACAAAUGCAUGGUCGAGGAUUCUUCAUUGAAUCGCAAUUCGGACCUUAUAAAUGUGAUCAAAAUUUUAGAUCCCGAUGAAUCGUUCAUCGAUAUUAAUGAGCCAACGGGCAAAUACAAGGCGGAAGUGGCGUCGACUAAAAAAGAGGUUCAAUGGAUUGCAAAGUACGCGGGCCAUCCAAUUCCGGAAAUUGUUUGGCGUGACACUCGCGGGAAUGAGAUUCCUUGGUCGUUAUCAGAAGACAAGAAUCGUAAAUAUGAAGCGAUCAAAGAUGGUAAAUCGACAACUUUGAAGAUUCGACAGCCAAAAAUUGGCGAUUCGGGAUUCUACAUUCUACGUGGUGAUAACGGUCAAAAGCAAGAGGAACGAAAGUUCCAAUUGCUAGUCAAAGAGAAACCACAGCUUAGCAUGGAAGAUGUAUCGGCCAAGCCAGGAGAGAACGCAGUGAUGAAGUGCAAUAUAUAUGGCUAUCCAGCAUCAUCAGUGACGUGGUCGUUCAUACCAUGCAGCAAGCCCGAGUUUGACAGUAACUCGUGUGACGAAAGCAAAAAAAUUAAAUAUAAUCAUUUUACGCACGAAAAUAAUGAGACGAUGGCGGUUCAGACACUUCAAACACAUCUGUUCAAUCAAACAUCGACAUUCACAUUCAUUCCGGAAAGUACGGGAAUCGUUAUUUGCAAGGCGAAAAAUACUGAGGGCAAAACAAAUGCCACCGCAAAGGUCAUUAUCAAUGACUUGAACGAAGAGCUAAGCGUUUGGAGUCCCAACACGUUGCCCAUUUCAAUUGGAGACGAUGUGUCUGUUGUAUGCGGAGCAUCGGAUCACAAAUAUUCGCAGGAGCUAAUGUGGUACAAGGAUAAUGUCCCCGUUGUGAAUUCCGAUAAUGUUGAAGUGAUAUCAGAAGAAACGAAAUUUUCGCAUCGACGAGAAAUUCGGUGGAAAUCCAUUGACGGAUCAGCAUCCGGCCAAUAUGAGUGCAGGGCAAAUGUUAUCGGUGGUACGGUAGAGUCAAAAAUGUUCGAGUUGGAUGUGGUACAACCACAGAAACCAGAAAUCGAUCCCAAUUUUAAGAGUGGAGGAGUGUCCAAGAAACCAGUUGGAGAGCCGAUUAAACUGAAAUGCCAAUUCAGAGGAAUUCCAACUCCGCAACUGACCUGGUAUAAAAAUGGCAAUGAAAUUCGACCAGAUGUCGACGAUAAACACAUAACAUUGGACGACAAUGGCACGGUACUUCAUCUGCAUUACACUAAAGCUGAAGAUGAGGGCAAAUACAAGUGUGUCGCUAUAAAUAGGAUUGGAUCGACGUCACAUGAGACAACACUCAAAAUGACUGGUUUGCCAACGGUCAGUGUGGCGUUCAUCGUCAGUGUAAUUGCAGUGAUUCUGGUAUUGGCCAUCUGUACGAUUUACUUGUGCAUCCGUAUUCGACGUGAACGUCGAUUGUUCCGUGAAUUGAAAGCAGCUGGUUUGGCCAAUUUCGAAGAAGGAAAUCCAGAGAGCAUCAAUCCAGAUCUCGCACUGGAUGAACAAGCCGAUCUGUUGCCAUAUGAUAAAAAGUAUGAGUUUCCACGGGAGAAAAUCAAGUUGGGAAAGCAGCUUGGAGCCGGUGCUUUUGGUGUUGUUAUCAAGGGAAUUGCACAAGGCAUUGUUCCGUAUGAAGAAGAAACAACGGUUGCUGUCAAAAUGGUCAAGAAAAUGGCUGAUAAUGAGGUGAUGCGAGCGCUUAUAUCAGAAUUGAAAAUCAUGGUACAUUUGGGUCAACAUUUAAAUGUGGUAAACUUGCUUGGAGCUGUCACUAAGAACAUUGCGCAACGUGAAGUGAUGGUAAUUGUUGAGUAUUGUCGAUUUGGUAAUUUGCAGAACUUCCUUGUGAAGCAUCGACGCUAUUUCAUUGAUCAAAUUGUUCGGGACAAAGAUAUAAUCGAUCCAUCGAUUCAAACCAGAGACCCAAGAUGGUCAAACGACAGUGGCUACUCAUACUUCAACAGUAGUCUUGGAUUAAAAUAUAUUCAAUUAUACUUCCCGAAUAAACAACAACAAUUAUUAAAAAAUCACUACGAAAACAACAAUAGACCCGAUACCGAUCGACAAUCUGUCGUUAAUUCAGCGUACAUUCGACAUUCAAACGCCGGCGAUUACUUCCCAGGUGGAAUGGACAGUGCAAACACAGAGGCAACACUUCUAUCCCGUAAUACGCAUCCAGGCGGCGAAGAAAAUCCGGCGAUGUCAGACUCGCAGCCCGGGUGGCGUUCAAAUUAUCAAAGCGAUUAUAAAGGUCCGAGUCGGUCCGUUACAACGACCGACUUGCUUUGCUGGGCAUUCCAAGUGGCACGAGGAAUGGAGUACCUGGCAUCGCGUAAAGUUUUGCAUGGCGAUUUAGCCGCAAGAAAUAUUCUACUUUGCGAUGACAAUGUGGUGAAGAUUUGUGAUUUCGGUUUAGCGCGAUCGAUGUACAAAACGGAUAACUAUCGCAAAAAGGGAGAGGCUCCUUUGCCGUUCAAAUGGCUCGCCUUAGAAUCGAUCAGCGACCAAGUCUUCAGCACAUACUCCGACGUUUGGAGUUUUGGAAUUGUGUUAUGGGAGUUGUUUUCAUUGGGUAAAGUGCCAUAUCCUGGAAUGGAUGCUGAUCAAGCAUUGUAUUUCAAAUUGAAAGACGGCUACCGUAUGGAGAAGCCAGAUUUUGCAACACAAGACAUUUAUGAUAUAAUGUUGUCGUGUUGGUGUACAAAUCCCGAAUCGCGUCCAUUGUUCGACGAUUUGGAGAAGAGUGUUUCAAAGUUGUUGGAGAAUGGUGUAGCCGAGCAUUACAUCGAUUUGAAUGAGCCAUAUUUAAAAUCGAAUGUGAGCCACUUCAACGAGGGACAGACGGAUUAUAUUGCCUUAAUGGGAGCGCCGGAUUGUCAAGCGCCACGUACACCGAACCAAUACGUGAACAGUCACGUGAUCACAAUGCAAGAUGCAUCGAAUGCACAAAGCCAACCAGAUUACUUGGCAAUGAGUCCACCGGUAGAUGUCAACUCACCGCGGCCCGACGGUCUCGAUACACAUGACUCGCAUUUCCCAUUCGCGGGAAUGAAUUCGCCUACGAUAGUGAAUAACCUGAACGCCUCGCAGAGUUCACCAAAGCUCCGCAACAAAAUAUCAAAUAUACCCGAAGAAAUACCGAUGCUCAAACGAUCGAACCAAUCGUUUCACAGUGAUUCCGAUUCGGAACUCAACACAACCGACGUAGUCGAAAGUAUACCAGUUACCAAUACACCGCGUAAAAAUGUGAACGUACUGAAUACAAUGGCCGAUAAUUACGUGAAUGUGCCAUCGUCAAAAGUCACUAACAACAAGGAUGCGGUGAGCAAUCCGGGCUACGUGACCGUUUCAAAUAUCAACGAAACAAGGACUUGAAAUGUAGGCGUGCAAAAUGUUCACAAUAGAUCUUAAGUUUUGUCUCAUUUAAAUUGUUGUUGUUAUAAAUGUCGCUUUAACUGUGAAUAUACCAAGAAACAUGGAAUUUA